GUGAAAGUGUGUGUGAGUGACAGCAGAGCUGCAGUGGAGACGAGUCUCUCUGUUUCUCUCUAAAGAAACAUUCAACUGAAUCCAGCAGGUUUUUCUCAACAACAAACACUGAGUGUCGAUAUGUCUGCUGCCAGCUGUCUGCUGACUGAAGAUCAGUUUCUGUGCUCCAUCUGUCUGGAUGUGUUCACUGAUCCAGUCAGCACACCAUGUGGACACAACUUCUGUAAAACCUGCAUCACUGAACACUGGAAUAUUAAUGUCCCCUAUCAGUGUCCAAACUGUAAGAAGGUUUUCUACACCAGACCUGAGCUGCAGGUCAACACUUUCAUCUCUGAGAUGGCUGCUCAGUUCAGACAGUCAGCUCAACAGAAAGCCAGCAGCAGCAGCUCAGAGCAACAAGUUUCCAAACCAGGAGAAGUUCCCUGUGACGUCUGCACUGGAACCAAACUGAAGGCCCUGAAGUCCUGCCUGGUGUGUCUGGAAUCCUACUGUGAGACUCACCUGGAGCCUCAUCUGACAAGAUCAGGCCUGAAAAGACAUCAGCUGAUCGACCCUGUGGAGAACCUGGAAGGCAGGAUGUGUCUGAAGCACGAUAAACUGCUGGAGCUGUUCUGUAAGACCGACCAGAUGUGUGUCUGCAUGCUCUGCACUGUUUUAGACCACAAGACACAUGAUGUUGUUCCUCUGAGAGAAGAAUAUGAAGGAAAGAAGGCCGAGCUGGGGAAGACAGAGGCUGAAAUUCAGCAGAUGAUCCAGAAGAGACGACUGAAGAUUGAGGAGAUCAAACACUCAGUGGAGCUCAGUGAGGAAGAUGCAGACAGAGAGAUAGCAGAUGGUGUUCAGGUCUUCACCGCUCUGAAGGAGUCUGUUGAGAGAAGCCAGGCCGAGCUCAUCGACACGAUCAAAGAGAAGCAGAGAAAGACAGAGAAACAGGCUGAAGGCUUCAUCAAAGAGCUGGAACAGGAAAUCUCUGAGCUGAAGAAGAGAAGCACUGAGGUGGAGCAGCUCUCACGCUCUGAAGACCACCUCCACCUCCUCCAAAGCUUCAUGUCCCUGAACACUGCUCCACCCACCAAGGACUGGACAGAGGUCAGCGUCCAUCCACCUUCAUAUGAGGGGACUGUGAGGAGAGCUGUGAGUCAGCUGAAGGAGACACUUGGCAAACAGAUUAAGUUUCUUGCUGAGGUCAAGCUGAAGAGGGUCCAGCAGUCUGCAGUGGAUGUGACACUCAAUCCUGAUACAGCACAUCCUGCUCUCAUCCUGUCUGCUGAUGGAAAACAAGUUAAACAUGGUGAUGUAUGGAAGAAUCUCCCAAAGAAUCCAGAGAGAUUUGAUACUUACGUCUGUGUCUUAGCAAAGCAGAGUUUCUCUUCAGGAAGAUUUUAUUAUGAGGUUCAGGUUAAAGGGAAGACCGACUGGGAUUUAGGAGUGGCCAGAGAGUCGAUCAACAGGAAGGGACAGAUCACACUGAGCCCUCAGAAUGGUUUCUGGAUGAUAUGGUUGAGGAAUGAAAACGAGUACAAAGCUCUUGCUGGCCCUCCAGUCCGUCUCUCUCUGAAGUCUCGGCCUGAGAAGGUGGGGGUGUUUGUGGAUUAUGAGGAGGGUCUGGUCUCCUUUUAUGAUGUUGAUGCUGCAGCUCUUAUCUACUCCUUUACUGGCUGCUCCUUCACUGAGAAACUCUACCCAUUCUUCAGUCCUUGUCUUAACUAUGGUGGUAAAAACUCUGCCCCUCUGAUCAUCUCUUCUGUCAAUCGAGCACGUAGGAGCAGUUUGCUCACACAAAGUAGAACAACCAUCUGAUUUUCUACAGAAAGAUUCACUCUCAUUUAAUGUAAUAAAUGUAUAUUAUUGGUGAUGUACUGUGAAUACAUUGUUGAUUUUUUAGAUUCUGUCAUGUCUUGAUGACAUCAAAGACUGGAUGGCCUUAAACUUUUUAAACUUCAAUGAAAAGAAAACAGAGGUGAUGGUGUUUGGUCCAAAUAGCUCCUGUGAAACCCCCCCUGUUGAUUUGGGCCCCUUGGCACUAUAUGUGAAGCCAACAGUUUCUAACUUGGGUUUUAAGAUGGACAGUGGUUUUAAAUUGGAGCGUCAAAUUGGUGCAGUGGUUAAGUCCAGCUUCUUUCACCUUAGGCAGCUGGCAAAGGUUAAACCUUUUCUUGCACAAAAGCACUUUGAAAUAGUAAUCCAUGCCUUCAUCACGUCCCGGCUGGAUUACUGUAACGCACUUUAUUUUGGAGUCAGCCAGUCUUCCCUCGCACGUCUCCAGUUGGUUCAGAACGCCACUGCUCGGCUACUAACUGGAGCACGUAAGAGGGAACACAUUACGCCCAUUCUGGCCUCCCUUCACUGGCUGCCCGUGCACUUUAGAAUUCAUUUUAAGAUUCUUUUAUUUGUUUUUAAAUCUUUAAAUGGUCUCGCCCCACCUUACCUCUCUGAGCUGCUUCAUCCCUACGCUCCUGCUCGGUGCCUCAGGUCAGCUGAUCAGCUGCUCCUGGAUGUACCGAGGACUAAGCGGAAGCUCAGAGGGGAUAGAGCCUUUUCUGUGGCGGCCCCCAGAUUGUGGAAUGAUUUACCUGUCCACAUUAGACUGGCCCCCUCACUGUCCGUUUUUAAAACCAGUCUUAAAACCCAUUUUUACUCCUUGGCUUUUAACCCAGCAUGAGACUCUGCUCUUGUUUUACUGUUUUAUUGUUUUUAUUGUUUGUCUUAUGUUUUUAUUUUUGUACAGCACUUUGUUUCAGCUGUGGUUGUUUUUAAAGUGCUCUAUAAAUAAAGUUGAGUUGAGUUGAGUUGAAUGUGGUUUUUCCUCUUUUUUCUGUAAAUGUUUUUAUUUGAUGUGUCACGUUGCUACUUACUACUACAACACAAAGAUUUAAUCACACUGCUGAUAUUAUGUAAUGUAUAGUCUGAUUUAUUCUAAUGACUUCAUUACCUGUCUUCAAGACUGUUGAAUCAUCAAAAACAAAUGUGCUCAGAAAUAAGAAGCAUUUGCACGUUUCUUAAAUGUCUCUGUGCCAAAUUCAGAACUUUGUAUUGUCUGAUAAUUGUAUAUAGAUAAGAAAUGUGGUCAUGCACACUUUAUUUGUUAAGAGCUUUUCAAAAUAAGAUGUUUUAAGGAUUUUAGGUUGUAAGAUUUCAAAUUAAGGGACAAAUUAAGGGAUCUCUGUGUGGUGUGUUUUCAGGGGUAAAUUAAGGAUUAGUUCUUGAUUCAUUUUGGUACAAAAUAAUUGACAUGAACUUUAAACAUCAACAGAAUCUGAUGCUAAAACAUUGAGCUGCAGUGGUUUUACACACCAGAGAAGAAGAAAAGUUUUGUCUCAACCGUCUGUUGUGUUAUUUUCAUUUUAUUUUGUCCACCUCUCUGCAGACUGUUUGUACAGCUUCAACAAAGUCAACAAAAACUCAACAAAUGAA